AUGGCUACCACUAAAGGCAUAUCUUUCAACCCCACCACCGACAUCCCCUCCCUCGACGGCAAGGUCAUUCUCAUCACCGGUACCAAUAGUGGCCUAGGGAAACAAGCCUCUCUGGAGCUAGCCAAGCACAAACCGGCGCUCAUCUGGAUGGCUGCUCGUAGUCCUGAGAAGGGCAAUGAGGCAGUUGCCGAUGUCAAAACCCAGGUCCAGGGUGUCGCUGUCAAAUUUUUGGAGCUGGAUUUGAGCUCUUUUGAUUCGAUUAAGAAGGCUGCGAAAACUGUGCUUGAGGAGUCCUCACGGCUGGAUAUUUUGAUGCUUAAUGCUGGACUCAUGGGCUGCCCACCCGCACUAACAAAAGACGGCUACGAGAUCCAAAUGGGCACCAACCACAUCGGCCACGCUCUCCUCCUCAAGCUCCUCACGCCUCUCCUGCUCAAAACAGCCAACUCCCACCCCGUGCGCAUCAUCAGCCUCGCCUCAUCAGCCUGGAAGUAUGCCGGGCCCGAGAAAAUCCAAUUCUCAACCCUCAAGUCCGUCGACGGCGUCACGCCCGUGAACCGCUACAUCCAGAGCAAAGUCGCCAACAUGAUGUACCCCCAGGAAUUCGCUAAACACUACCCCUCACUGACAAUCGUUUCCAUCGACCCCGGCGAAGUCAACACGCAGCUGUUCACGCGCGAGCCCGGCGAUGCGCAGAUGAAACAUUUGCAGACGGAGGUGGUGCCGAAGGUUGUGAGGGGUGUAGAGGAGGGCGUUGUUAAUCAGCUGUGGGCUGCGACGGGCGAGGGGGUUACGAGUGGGCGCCAUUAUGGACCGGUGGGGUUUUAUGAGGCGACGGGGCUUGUGGUCGAUACGGAGUUGGCGGAGAAGGUCUGGGAGUGGACGCAGAAGGAGCUAGAUGGGCAGGCUAUCUGA